AUGUCAGCUGCACCAUCUCCUCCACACGACCCCGAGCCUGGAUCUGAGCCAGAUUUUGUUCCUGUUGAUCAGCCUGAUGUUGUACCUGCUGAUCCUGAGCCCAUGCCUGAUCAUGACCCUAUUCCUUUUGGUUUACCAGACAUUGCACCCCUCAUACCUGACCCAGUUCUUCCACCCCUUGAUCCUCCUGUUGUUGAGCCACUUAUUCCUCCACCUGCACCCGCACCCGUUGAUGUUGCUCCUUCUCCUCCUGUGGAGUCCGAUGUCCAUCGUGUUGAUAUACCUAUCAUUUUCUUACAGGACAUCCCUGCACCCCGUCCAGGGGAAGGUACUUUUGGUCAGCACCCGCAUGACGAUCAUUUUGAUUCAGCAGCUUUUCCACAGAUCCCUCAGUCUGCACCCUUUGCUCCUUUUACUUCUUCGCCACUUGAUGAGCCAUUCCGAUGGUUCCCACCGUAUUCUAUGCCGUUUUCAGAUCCCUACCAUCCCUCUCAUUUUGUUGGCUAUACACGGGAUGAGUUACUUUUAUCAUUACAUCUUUAG